AUGAGACGCCACGUGUGCCGCGACACCGCCACGGCGCUGAUGCAGGCGCUGUGGAACACCUUCGCCGAGCAGCAGGACCUCAAAACGGUGACGCCGCGGCUUGUCUUGGUCAGCACGACGGGUGUGACACGUGGGCCGGAAGACGUGCCGCCGAGCAUGCGCUUCUUGUAUCAUCGAGGUCUGGCGCUGCCGUAUAGCGGAUACGAAGGCGAUGGAGGACGUGUUUCGGAGCGACGCGGAGAUGGCACGAGAAGGCGCGCCUGUUUGCGAGCGUGA